ACACCCCCCGAACACCGCCCUCGCCCUUUCAAAAGUUGAUUUUUGUUGAUUGGAAUUACACUUAGCAUUUUUUCACUUUACGCCCUUUACGGGGAUUAGAUAUAACGAGAUAUAAGUUGUAAUAUUUUCAACGGAAUAAUUCAAAAUAUGUAAAUAAUAUUCUAAAUAUUUCGAGGAGUUGGAAAUCGGUCAGAUGGCUGAAUAUUCAGGAAAGGUUCGUUUUGGAGCUACAACUUUUUUUGCGAAGAGCCAUUCACUUGAGUCAUGUGGCAGCAAUGGGCUUCCGCUCACUCCAAAUUCAAUCAGCAUUCUGGGGACCGCUCAAAAACUGAAGACACUGAAGCACCCUUAUUUAUGCUCGUACCUGGAUGUUAUUAGAGGAAAACAUGAAAGAAUAUCAGUGGUGUGUGAGCUGUUCCCAAAAAGUUUGUCACAAAUCAUGGCUGGCACCAAAAAAUGGGAGCCAAAAGAAAUUAUUCUACUUAUGCACCAAAUCCUCAAGGCCCUUGCUUAUUUGGAAGAAAACGGAGUCGUCCACCGAGCGCUGGACCCUGAAAACAUUUUGAUAGGAUGGAGUGGAGAAGCAAAGUUGUUUAACUACGGCCUCUACUAUAUGACAGGAGAGGGAAAGUUUGUCACUUUCCCGAUUGGGCAACCACGGUACCUUGCUCCUGAAGUUCUUCUUGCUGGUCCUCAGGGUUCAUCUUUGACAUCAAAUAAAGUUGAUGUGUGGUCUUUGGGCAUGAUUGGGGCUGAACUUGCACUAGGCGAGGCACCUUCGUCUCCACAUUCGGCUGGAGGAAAUAUGGUUCAGUUGGCAAGAAGUCUGCGGAGAGUUCUUAGCUUGGUUCAUUGUGAAGGAUCUGUUUUGGAAAGACUGGCCAGGGAAUCUGGCAACGAAAAAGCUUAUGAGAACAUGGAUGGUGAUUUAAAAGAAAUUCUGGAAGCUUGUCUGUCUGUGAUGCCUUCGAAACGACCUUCACCUUUGCAGCUCUUGAGCAACAAAAUUUUUGAGGGAUUUCAAGAGCAAGAAUCUCUACUGAAAAGUCCUCUGAAACAGACUUUGAGAAGAGACUACCUGGGAGAACGAAGUCUGCAAGAGAUUUUUUAUUUGUGGCAACUGGCAGGAGGUGACGUUCAUGGGGAGCUGCGGCGCCAAGGUUUAGUAAGAAGAAGGCCUCCAAUUUUAUCUAUUGGAAACCUAGUUUUAUUGGAGGGUAAACAUUUUGGUGCUACUCGAGAUCCAGCAACUUUGUAUGAUCCCAGAGUUGUGCCUCUUCCCAUGGAAAGUUUGUACAACCGACUUGAGAACGUUCCCCCUGAAAGUUAUUUCCCUCUUAUUGAGACACCUGAAAUUGGAUCUUGGGGCCCGAGUGCUGAAACAUGUUGCUUGCCUCUUGUUAUUAGAGAGAGGGAUACAGAAUACCAAUUCCACAGAAUUAUUCUGUUUGACCGCUUGCUGAAAGCUUGGCCUCAUCAACACGCGCGGAUUCUUAGGGAAGCCAAACAGGAUGUUCCCCCAUUGUACAGAGCUGCAGUUUGGGCUGCAUUGCUCAAUGCAAAAGGUGACAUUGAAGGCCAGUAUGUAUCUCUUGAUAAAGAGACACCCACUUCAACUGAUAGACAGAUAGAGGUUGAUAUUCCUCGUUGUCAUCAGUACGAUGAACUGCUCUCUUCUGCUGUGGGACAUCUAAAAUUUAAGAGACUGCUGAAGGCGUGGGUGGUUGGCCACCCUCAGUAUGUUUACUGGCAGGGCAUUGACUCUCUGUGCGCACCAUUCCUCUAUCUGAACUUCAACAACGAAGCUCGAGCUUAUGCAUGUCUGGCAGCUUUCGUUCCCAAGUACUUGCAAGGAUUUUUCUUGCAGGACAAUUGGGCUGUUGUUCAAGAAUAUUUGGCUGUUUUUGCCAGGCUGACCGCUUUUCACGAGCCUGUCCUGGCAAUGCACAUGAGAGAAAUUGCUUUCGUUCCCGAACUUUUUGCCAUUCCUUGGUUCCUCACCAUGUUCUCUCAUGUAUUUCCCCUUCACAAAAUACUGCCGCUAUGGGAUAGGCUGCUGCUGGGAGAUUCAUCCUUCCCACUUUUCAUAGGCUUGGCGAUCCUGCGCCAGUUACGAGAUACCUUGCUAUCUUCUGGGUUCAAUGAAUGUAUUCUUCUGUUCUCUGAUCUUCCGGAUAUAGAUAUUGGAAAGUGCACAACAGACUCUGUCGCUCUGUAUUGUGCAACACCCAAAAGCGCUACGUUCCGAGAGCACAGCCUUAAGACUGAAAUUCUAGACACCCCAAUGGACGUGGAAGCUCAAUCGAUUGCAGAAUUGAAGGCAGAACUUUGCCCAAGGAUAAGUGGGAGGGAUUUUGUUGAAUUAUUGGAGCCGACCAGAGAUAAAAACUGUCUUCAAAUUGUAGACAUUCGCUCCACAGAAGAGUUUAGCUCAGUUUCAUUCAUGAAAAGUGUUAACAUUCCUUAUGGUGAUGGCGCCAAUGAGCCUGAUUUGACGAUGGUCAACAAUUUCAAAGGCAAAAUUUCUGUCAUCGUAAGUUCAGACGUUGAGCAAGCUGCAAAGUUUGCAGAAAUAUUGCUUGAGAAUGGAAUACCCAGGGUAUGUUUGCUGCAUAAUCCCUUGUAUGUGCUUACACACUGCAAUGAGUUGUAUCUAGUCCGUCAGCAACCUUAGCCAAUAUUCCUUAUCAUAUCGCCUAUUAAUAGGCCAUUAAUCAGAAGUCAUGUAUAUUAUAAACUGCUUUUUUCAUUCAAAAUAAAACCAUUAAGCUGGUAAUAAAUUUGAGUUUAUUAUAUUCGUUAA